AUGGACGAACCGAUGUUUGAUCCGGAGUCGAAUCUACUGAGAGAUGAGUACGCUCGUGGUGUAGGAGAAUUCAUGGAAUUAGCUUGUCAACAACCGAGCGCCAAAACAACCCGUAAGUUGAAAUGUCCAUGUUCACUUUGUCAAAAUUCUCAUAAUAUUAGGAUUGAUUUAGUAUGGGGUCACCUUUAUGCCAAUGGUUUUAUGCCGGGUUACAAGAUUUGGUUUCUCCAUGGCGAAAGAUCUGAGUACGGUAGUUCUAGCGAACCAUAUAUUUUUGAUAGCGUAGAGGAACCUAGAACGGAAGUAGAUUAUGGUGUAGGUACUGUUCAGAUGGUGAAUGAUGUGUACAGGGAAAAUAUGCAGUCGGUAGGAGAAAAUGUUGAUAGGGUAGAGGAACCUAAUGCAGAGGCACAAAAGUUUUUUUCUAUGUUAGACGCAGCUAAGCAGCCGUUAUAUGGAGGGUGUAGAGAAGGUCAUUCGGCUUUAUCAUCUGCGAGCAGAUUGAUGACGAUAAAGACGGACAACAAUUUGGCUGAGGAAUGUGUGGAUGCGAUAACUGAUUUUGUUAAAGACAUUUUGCCUGAAGAUAACAAAUUUCCUGGUACAUAUUACGAGAUUCAGAAGUUUGUCGCUGGUCCUGGUUUGCCGUAUCAGAUGAUUGAUGUCUGUGAAAAUAAUUGUAUGAUAUUUUGGAGGGAAGAUAAAAAUAGGACAAGCUGUCGAUUUUGUCAUAAACCGAGAUAUCAAGAUACAUGCGGUAGAGUUCCAGUUCCUUAUAAGCGGAUGUGGUAUUUACCGAUAACAGAGAGGUUGAAGUGGCUAUAUCAAUCUGAGCGUACGGCGUGUUCAAUGAGAUGGCAUGCAGAGCAUAUAUCGGAUGGAGAGAUUACGCAUCCUUCAGAUGCAGAAGCCUGGAAAUCAACAGUAUCAUAUAAUUAG